AGACUUCUGAAAUUGGCAGGUGACUUUUGAAGUUACGGAAGUUAGUUUCCUUGGAGCAAAAGUCAACACUGCAGUUGGAAACAAUGAAGCACAGUUCUCCACAGGCGGCAUGCUUCGCAAUAUAUUUGGGCGAGCAGAAGAAUGGAGUUGUGAAUAUACUCAUGGAACUAAGAAAACCACCUCAUUUUAUUCAACGUUUGUUAAACCGUUCCAUAAUGAAGCUAGUACAGUGUUAACGAGUAGUAUUUAUCAGCAAGCUAGUGAGGCACCUUGGUCUGGAUAUAGAGAGUUGGAUCGUGGAGUAUUACUUACAUUAGCAUUUAAUUCAGCACCCAAUGUACAACAAAAAUUGAUCCUUGAUGGUGUCUGGCGUCAUAUAACAACACUUAGCCGAACAACUGCAUUUGCUGUACGAGAACAAGCUGGACACUCUUUGAAGUCAGCACUUAGGCAUGAACUCCACGUUGAUAAGAGAGAUGAUCAGGUCUUUCCCACAGAUGGUGUUUCUUUCACUCUCAAAAAUGAGUUAGCUGGAUUAGGCGGCGAUAUUGGGUUCCUGAAGAAUGAACUAGACAUGCAAGUUAAUGUGCCACUUCCUAGGGAUAUUGUAUUACAGGGUGCCCUAUUGGCAGGUCAUCUUUUGCCAUUACGUAACAAUAAGACAUACAUUAUCGCAGAUCGCUUCAUGCUUGGAGGGCCAAUGAAUAUUCGAGGAUUUGAAAUGGCAGGAAUAGGACCUCACAGUGAUGGUUGUUCAUUAGGAGCCGAGAUGUUUUGGGCUGCUGCCAUUCACGUGUAUGCACCUCUACCCUUACUUGCUCGAGGAGGCUCUAUCAGUGAAAAGUUUAGACUUCAUGGUUUUGUCAAUACAGGAAACAUUGGAGAUUUUGUUUUGAGUGAGUAUGAUGAACCAUUUAUUAUAAAAGAUAAAUUUGUUAAAGAGAAUCAAAAAUACAUUUUCUUGUAUAGAUUGUUCAAUAGGCUACUUUUGUUGAAUCAUGAUUUUUGUCACUGUUGUUUAAUAGUACAUUGUAUUUUGGGUUACCACUCGGGACCAAUAGAAAUUUCCUUUUCUGGAUCAUUAUUUGUUUAUUUGAUCAUAUUAGGGAUAAAUUCCUGCUAAACUUUCAUUUUGCUU